AUGGCUGGUGUUCUUACUGUAAUCUUCAUCUUUUCUUGCCAGCUUCUUCUUACCCAUCAUUCUUCUCCACAUCCAUUAUGUACAAACCUCAGAGCACCAAUUACCUCUAAGACCCCUCUAUCCUUUUGUCAGUACAAUGGAAGUGUUUGUUGCAACUCCACCGAGGAUCUGCAAUUGAGAAAUCAGUUCAAGUCAAUGAAUGUAUCUGAUUCUGGUUGCGCUUCUCUCCUUAAAUCAAUACUCUGUUCGAGAUGUGACCAAUUUUCAGCGGAGCUCUAUCAAUUUGAAUCAAUACCUAGACCAGUUCCUGUUCUUUGCAACUCUUCCCUUUCAACAAACUCAAGCCUGUCCCAACUUGCCACAAUUGACUUCUGUUCAAAAGUUUGGGAUGAAUGCCAUAAUGUAUCCAUCACAAGUUCGCCUUUUGCAUUGCAAGGUAAAGGUGGCAUUCUGAUUAAUUCCACUUCCAAGCUGACUGAUCUAUGGCAAUCUACGGGUGCUUUCUGUGAUGAAUUUGGUGGAGCUUCUUAUGAUGGUGCAACAUGUUUUGCUGGAGGUCCAGUUAUGCUAAACAGUUCUGAAAGUCCUACUCCUCCUAGUGGUAUUUGCCUUGAAAAAAUUGGGAAUGCACCCUACCUUAAUAUGGUGGCUCAUCCUGAUGGUUCAAGCCGAGUCAUUUUAUCCAACCAAGAAGGAAAAAUUUGGUUGGCAACUGUUCCUGAGGAGGGAUCAGGAGAAAUAUUGGGCAUUGUUGAAUCAAAUCCUUUACUAGAUUUGACUGAUGAAGUACAUUCUGACUCUGAGCUUGGAUUCAUGGGAAUGGCAUUUCAUCCAAACUUCCAAAAAAAUGGCCGCCUCUUUGGUUCAUUUAACUGUGACAAGGUUCAAUGGGCAGGGUGUUUAGGAAGAUGUUCAUGUAACACUGAUGUGGGAUGUGAUCCUUCAAAAUUAAGUUCUGACAAUGGGGCUCAACCAUGCCAAUAUCAUAGCGUCAUAGCAGAGUUCACAACUAAUGGUACCACAUCAGAUAUUUCCUCGGUUACUAGAAUUAGACCAGUAGAAGUCAGAAGAAUUCUUACUAUAGGACUGCCAUUCACCUCCCAUCAUGGUGGUCAGAUUCUCUUUGGACCUGAAGAUGGAUAUUUAUAUUUUAUGAUGGGAGAUGGAGGAGGUAUAGGCGAUCCUUACAGCUUUUCACAAAACAAGAGAUCCUUGCUUGGAAAGAUUUUGAGGCUUGACAUAGAUAGCAUACCAAGUGCAAAAGCUACCAGGGACCUUGGUCUAUGGGGAAAUUAUUCUAUUCCUAAAGAUAAUCCAUUUUCUGAAGAUAAGGAAUUGCUGCCAGAAAUUUGGGCCUUGGGAUUUAGAAAUCCUUGGCGAUGUAGUUUUGACUCUGAGAGGCCUUCCUACUUCCUAUGUGCAGAUGUUGGUCAGGAUCAAUAUGAGGAAGUAGAUAUAGUCACCAAAGGAGGAAACUAUGGCUGGCGAUUUUAUGAGGGCCCAUUCUUAUACAAUUCCUCAAACUCUUCUGUGGCUAAUAAAUCUGCCAGCCCCAUAAAUGCAAUCUUCCCAGUAAUGGGAUACAAGCAUUCUGAUGUAAACCAAGUUGAAGGAUCUGCAUCAAUUACAGGCGGCUAUUUUUAUCGAUCCAGGACUGAUCCAUGCUUGUAUGGAAGAUACCUCUAUGCAGAUUUGUAUGCCGAUGCCAUAUGGGCAGGUACAGAAAGCCCAAAAGGCAGUGGGAACUUCACUACCUCUGAGCUUCCUAUCAAAUGCGCUCAUGACUCUCCUAUACCGUGUACCACUCAGCCAGAUUCAACAACUCCUGCAUUGGGGUUUGUGUUCUCCUUUGGCCAGGAUAAUAGGAAAGACAUCUUCAUUUUAGCCAGCAGCGGUGUAUAUAGAAUAGUUCGUCCUAGUCGCUGCAACUACACUUGUUCCAGGGAAAAUGUUACAGAUCUUUCUGGUCCUGAAACUGUUGUGCCUCCUUCCACUUCCCCUUCAACUGGGAGCAAAUUGACUAAUCCUCUAAGGUUGCUGCAAGUCUUUCCUUGUGCUUCGUUGUUUCUUUUGUUAAGCUUUUUCUUGUAGUCUAAACUAGGGAGUAGGGAGUUGCUGUUGAAGAAAAAGAGAAUGUCGGCUGUCAUAUAUAAUCUCUUUUCCCACUCAUUUCCA